AUGGCUGAUAUUGGUGCCGGCACUAGUGGUGGUAGAACAGUUGAAGAAAAUGAAGAUAGAGAAGAAGAUGAAGAUGGCGGGGGUGUCGAAACCAGUGACGAUGGGUACGUCCCAUCAGAUGAGGACUCAGAUGAUGACACUGAUUUUGAUUCAUCUUCUUCAGUACCAUAUAUUUUCGAUGACAUCAAUGGAUGGGACAAGACUUUAGAGGAAGAAGAUUCUGAUGGGAUAAAAAUGUGGGACAGCAAUGCGAUGACGGUUGACCUUGAUGUACAUUUCACCAACAAGCUUGAGGCACAGGCGGCAGUGGGAGAAUGGAACUUGAGACAUGGUCGGACUUUCCGGGUGAAUACUAGCUCUAAAGGAACAUGGUAUGUCGAAUGCGAGACCUGUGGGCCCAAAUAUCCGAAAGAGCGUCUUCACGACUAUGAUUGCCUGUGGAAGGCGCAAGUUUCGCUACAGAAGGCCACCGAUACUUGGAAAAUGGUGGUAUGGUCCGAUUCCCACAACUGUCUUGGGACAAACAAGAGAAACGAGUCCCGAAACGUGACGUCUUCUAUGAUUACUAGACUGGUUGCCCAAAAUGUGCGAAAACAUCCAGAUUUUACUGUUGCCCAAAUUCAAAUAGAAGUUUUCAAGAGAUUCGGGGUUGGUUGCCGGCGGGGAAGUCAGGGGGUUGAUGGACGUCCGGUUACAGGACAUCAUACCACGCCCGAAGAGAUAUGCUCGGAGUACAGUUGGGAUACUGGGUGGUCCCAUGAGAAAAAAGUUCAAGGUAUCACGCGGUUCAAUUUGGCCGCCUACCGGGAUCAGCUUGCAGUUCUCGCAGAGUCAGAUUUCCGGAUACCCGGCGACGGAUUGCUUCUGACCAGAGAUGAAAUUACUAGCCUGCUUAAGAGGAAGCCGUUUGGAAGAUCCGAUAGGAGUUGGACACAACAACUAGGCAUAUAUCUCCAGGUUUGGAAUGAUCGCCACAACAGACUUGUCGGGACUGAUGAUGAGUAUGUUGGCGAGCCUAUAGCAGAUUCGGAACAUCUCUUGUGGUACCAUCAGGUUACUGUAAAGUAUGUUACGGAUCCGACGGACUCUGAAAGCACGAGGGGUUUUCACGGCGCUACAGAGACCUUGCGCCUCAUGGCCACUUUGAUGGAGGACGUUCAUAGUCUUAGUAUUAUAGGCCAGCGUACUUUCGACAAGGAUUCCUUUGGUUAUGAUCGCUUAGGCAAGAUUGUCCAGGUUGCUGAGCGGGCGUUGUCCGUUAAUGCAACAAAUGUUGUACGUCACAAUCUCGAGAAGCAAGAUGAGGUUUAUGACAUUUUGAGUCAAGAACUUGGUCUUGUAGACCCGACCCAACAAUAUCCACCUCCCAAACCUCCGAGGCAUUCGCGCAGGUCUCAGCGUAGGCGUGGGAGGCAAGAGACAAUCACGCCCACUCAGCCACAUCAGUCCUCCCAGCAUCAGCAGUCUCAUAUCCCCUUCACUCAGUUUUCAUCCCAUCAGUCUCCACAUCAGUCUCCACACCAUUCUCUACAGCAUUCAUCCCAUCAUUCUCCACAUCAUUCUUUACACAGUUCAGUUUCGCCGACCCAACAGGUGUUUUACCGUCCCAUUAUGUCUCCCCAGCACCAGCAGUCCCAUUUUGCCUUCACUCAGUUUUCCUCCCAUCAGCCUUCUCAGCCUCAGUUUGGAGAUUCUUUUAUUGACCUUUAUGGGUUCCAGCAAAGUUCUCUAGAUGGCCAGUCGUUACAUUACACGAGUAACUUUCUUUCGAGUAUGUUCGAGGGUGUUGCGGGUCAGCAUCAGGCUGAUGACCCGGCUGGAGGUGAGUGUGAGAGUCAGGGUGAAGAUGAGGAUGAGGAUGCAGACCAACAGGAUCAGUUUGAGGGUCAGGGUUAUCAGCGCCAUGAGGAGCAGGGACCGAGUCAGAAUCUAGAGACUCCACCGUUGGUUUUGAGUAAAGGCCAGAGAGUGAGAAAGGAGCCCGAUAGAUUGACUUAUAGCCAUUUUCGUGCUAAAAAGUCCAAGAAGAAGUAG